UUUGUAUUAUUUUUAGUAAAAAAUUUAAAACUUGAUAUGGACUAUUUUUGUGGGACGGGUAGUAGUAGUAGUACUUAUAUGUGUUACAUUGUGUAAUUUAAGUAUUGCUAAUAAAAUCGAUGUAUGCCCACUUUAAAAAUUCAGUCUCUGUCGAGUCUUCUUCAUUUCCCAUCUACCCUCUUUCCCUCGUUUAAUCUUUCUCAAAUUUUUCUCUGUGAAGAGCCUGGACCAAUAUCAUGGAAUUUUAUAGCAGAAAAACUCUUCACACCUUCAUGGAUGUAGAUAGAAAAAAAUCCAGUCAAUCUGAUCAACCAACACCGCCUCGUCUCUCUUUUAAAUCCUUCGAACAAAUAUCAACCGAACAUCAUCAUAAUCGUCAUCAUGAUCUUAACUUCAGUCCAUCAAGAUCAUCAACGCCGUCGACGUCGCCGGGGCCGGCGAUGUAUUCCAUAAUGCCACCGCCUAGCCCGGAAUCACCAUGGACGCUUUCUCCUCAUCAGACUCCGUCUCCUUCUCUGUUGUACCAUUGCAUUGCAUCCCUUCAUCGUCAAGAAGGGAUUAUUUACUCCAUCGCCGUAUCACGCGGGACGGUUUAUACCGGGUCGGAGAGUAGCCGGAUUCAUGCCUGGCGUCAGCCGGAGUGCACGGAAAGAGGGUACAUCAAGGCGAGUUGCGGUGAGGUCCGGUCCAUCUUAGCUUAUGGCAACAUCUUGUUUACAUCUCAUAAGGAUUGUAAAGUCCGAAUGUGGAACGUCACAGCCGUUGAGAAUUUCCGGGCUAAGAAGGUUGCUACUUUGCCAAGAAGAAACCCUAUUUUCUUGUUCAACAAGUCAUCAAGAAAUUCCCAUCACCAACAUAGGGACUUUGUUUCUUGCAUGGGAUAUUACCAUGCAGAAGGACUUUUGUAUACCGGAUCAUGGGAUAACACGGUGAAAGCAUGGCGGGUUUCCGACGGGCGAUGCGUAGAUUCAUUCAUAGCUCAUGAUGAUAAUAUCAAUGCAAUUGUGAUCAAUCAAGAAGAUGGGUGUGUAUUUACCUGCUCAUCUGAUGGCACAGUGAAAAUAUGGAGAAGGGUUUAUGGUCAUGGAUCCCAUACUUUAACAAUCACAUUAAAGUUCCAACCUUCCCCCAUAAAUACCCUGGCUUUAAGCACAUCAUUGACUAAUUCCUGCAUCCUUUAUUCUGGAUCUUCGGAUGGGUUUAUAAACUUUUGGGAAAAGGAAAAGAAUUCGAGUCGGUUCAAUCAUGGAGGGUUUCUUCAAGGCCAUAGGUUUGCGGUUCUUUGUUUGGUAGCCAUUGAGAACCUGAUAUUUAGUGGCUCAGAAGAUACAACAAUUAGGGUGUGGAGAAGGGAGGAAGGGAGUUAUUAUCAUGAAUGCCUAGCGGUUCUUGAUGCACAUAGAGGGCCAGUGAAGUGCUUGGCAGCUUGUUUGGAGAUUGAUAAAUUAAUGGUGAUGGGGUUCUUGGUGUAUAGUGCUGGAUUGGACCAAACUUUUAAAGUUUGGAGAGUUAAAGUGUUGCCGGAUGAAAAUCAUGUGACAAUGGAAGGAAGUAACACAGAUAAGAGUUGUGAUGUUAAGAAGAUAUUUGGUUCGGAGUACGAAAUGAGUCCUGUUUUGUCUCCUUCUUGGGUUGAGAAAAAGAGGCAAGGUGCUCACAUAUGAAGUUUAUCCUUCUUUGGCUGGUUAUAAGAAAAUGACUUGACAUGUUGAUGAAAAGAACCAUCACGAAAGAUCAUCAUAUAUAUGCUUAUUUAUAUUAUACUUUGAGGUUUUUGUAAAUCAUUUUUUGUUGAUGUAGUUCAGUACGUUCUUAAUUAAUUGUAUUGUUGGCGAAAUGGUUGUUGAAUAGUUAGAAGGAUUCUCCACUAGGUGAUAAUCUCUUACGUUACCCCAUUAUUAAUUACUAUCUUCCUCUACAAAUUAUUAUUCAUUUUAAAUUUUUAUUGUUAUUACAAUUUGUAUUAAAAAAAUAAAAUUAAAACUGAGCA